AUGUCAGACAAAUAUCCCAUCGGCACACGCGCCGAGUGCGAACGGCUCGUCAAAGACUGGGGCUUUCAACAUGUAUUUACCUGGUCGGAUGGAAGCAAUGGGUAUUACUCGCCUCAUAGUCAUAGAGGUCUUACGACGCAUCUUAUCCGUCGGGGCACGUUCACAAUUACAUACCCGGAUGAGAAUGCCAAUGGCGAGGUGAAGAAGGAAACCUUUGGACCCGGGGCCAGGAUUGAUGUUCCUGCAGGGAAACUUCAUGAGGUGUGGAUUGGAGAAGAAGGGUGCGAAUAUGUGAUUGGGGAAUGA